CACCCGCCGGGACCCUCGGAUAGAGAGUAGCCUCGGGGAGGCCCUUUUGUCUUGUGCCCAGCGUAGGCACCUCAGGAAUAGGGAUAAACACCGGGAUCCAAGGCUUCGGUUUAUUUCUUCCCAGUGAGCUUUUUCUCCCGAAGUCUUAUAACCCUGUUGACCCUGCGGGGUCUCAACAUCCCCCUACUUCCAAAUACUUUUCCACAGUGUAUUCCCUCUGACUCCUACCCUGUCUUAGUAUGAAAGUGUCGAAUUGUUGUCUCUGCAGCCAGAUCCAGCCUCCUAGAGGAACCAUGUCUCCUGCAGCUUUGGGUGCCACCUGUUGUGCCAGGCGCCCGCCGCUGCACAAGAGGAGAUGCCGUGUGAAUUCUCUGUGAAUGUUGGGAGGAGGAAUGCCAGAGCUGUUGGCUUGAAAAUUAUCCAAACGAGAUCUAUCCCCAGGAUGGACUUUCUGGUUCUUUUUUUGUUCUACGUGGCUUUGGUGCUGAUUGGUGUUGUUAUGAUCUGCGUCUGCUCAAAAACCCAUUAUUUGAAAGGCGUUGUCAGGGGAGGAGCACAGAUAUUUUCCUAUAUAAUUCCAGAAUGCCUUCUGAGAGCCGUGCUAAGAUUGCUUCAUUACCUCUUCCAUACACAAAACUACACCUUCAUUAUCCUGCACCUCAUCUUGCAAGGGAUGGUUUAUACUGAAUACACCUGGGAAAUAUUUGGCUACUGUCAAGAGCUGGAGUUCUCCUUGUAUUACCUCCUUCUGCCCUAUCUGCUGCUGAUUGUAAACCUGAUUUUUUUCACCCUAACUUGUGUAACCAACCCUGGUACCAUAACAAAAGCAAAUGAAUUAUUGUUUCUUCAAGUUUAUGAAUUUGAUGAAGUGAUGUUCCCAAAGAACAUGAGUUGCUCUACUUGUGAUUUAAGGAAACCAGCGCGAUCUAAGCACUGCGGUGUGUGUAACCGGUGUGUGCACCGUUUUGACCAUCACUGUGUUUGGGUGAACAAUUGCAUCGGGGCCUGGAAUGCCAGGUACUUCCUCAUCUACCUCUUGACGUUGACGGCCUCUGCUGCCACCCUGGCCAUUGUGAGCACUGGGUUUCUGGUCCAGUUGGUGGUGGUGUCAGACUUGUACCUGGAGACUUACGUUGAUGACCUUGGACAUUUCCAGGUUAUUGACACCGUCUUUCUUAUUCAGUACCUGUUCCUGACCUUCCCAAGGAUCGUCUUCAUGCUGGGCUUUGUCGUGGUGCUGAGCUUCCUCCUGGGGGGCUACCUGUGCUUUGUUCUGUACCUGGUGGCCACCAACCAGACCACUAAUGAGUGGUACAAAGGUGACUGGGCCUGGCACCCCCAUGUGGCCUGGCCCCCAUCAGCAGAGCCCCGGAUCUACCGGAACAUUCACUCCCACGGGCUUUGGAGCAACCUUCGAGAGAUCUUUUUGCCUGCUGCUGCACAUUAUGAGAGAAAGAAAAAAUAAGAAGGGGAAGAGUGUUACUGUCUUUUAAAUAUAGUAA